UUUGUAUUCGAAUUCUUGUGUUCGUUCGUCGUCGUUAUGGAUGAUGGUGAGCGAGAGCACGUACAGAACUGGUUGCUCGCUGAGGACAACACGCGCAUCGUUCUACUCACUGUCUCUCUUUCGCCCUCGCUGUUGCUUCCCAUCCUUCUCUGGCGGGCAAAGCACGUAGAAAACAUUCCCGAGAACGACCACGGACCUGAUUCACAGCAAGCUCGUUCUGCUCAAUCCAUCAUCACCGCCGCUCUCUCUACUUUUCAUAUCGCCAGUAACACUCCUGGUGAGUGUGAUAUGACCGAACCAGAACAACCGAACACUCCUGAAGCAUCAUCUACAUCUGUCGACAUGGAGCAGAAAGCUUCUCGGUCCAAGGAGCGACGCAGAAGAGGAAAAGUUCCACAUAAGGAACUUCUCAAGGGCGGGAAGAAGGCAAAGUCCACACCCAGGACCACACAGCCUAAAAAUUCCGUUUACCGAGACAACAGCGGUAGCGAAUCUCCUCUGUUCGAGUCAGAGUUCAAGUUGACCACAAGUAACGAUAAUAUCGCGCCAGUCGCGCCAUCCACUUCUCGUCUACUUCCACCUACUCCAGAUCCUCCUGAAGAGAAUCCGGUAUCCCAUUCGAGGGCAGAAUCACCGCCAGCGGUUGAACCCCACGAGGACCGCCUGCUACCUGCUUGCAUGUCAGCAUCCAGUUCUGAGCCAGCAUCCGUUUCGCGUCACGUCACGUCCAAUAAACCCGCCAUGCGUACUUCACGCUCUGAACAUACGCACCCGCAUGGCACCCGCUGACAACAUCCAACCUGCUGGCAGCCCCUGUCACGACGAUCCCGCCCCCUCCAUGCUAGAAACCAUCUUCCCCAACCACCUCCACAGAAGAUCAUGAAAGUCAUGAACGUGCAUCCUCAUCCACUUCCUACCCUCAAUCUCGUUCUAUGCCACUCCGCGUAUCUACAUCUACCCACGCGUUGGAUAUGGACGAACAAUCACAGGCACACAGGGCAGGCGCUCACACCAAGCCUCCACGAUUAACGUCCAAGCACCGUGGAGCUGACAAGUCCAAUGGGAGUCGCGUAAUUUCAGCGUCUAUCUCGCACAACACCCUCUUGGCAUCAUCAUCAUCUGCCUCUCACUGUGCUUCUCCCGCACGAAUUACGCUAUCCACCUCUGCAUCCGCAUCCAGUUCCCCCGUUACAC